CAAGGAGAAAAAAUGUGGAAGUCAUGAUACAAGAGUUUUCCUGCAUGUCGUGAGAAAACGCAAUAAAAUUAUACAGUCAUUGUUAACAAAUUGAAAAAUUACACGCUUUUGACUACUUUGAAUAUGACUUUAUAUCCUAUUCGCAUUUAACCAGCAAAAAGCUCACCGUUGUAAUCAAUUUUGACAGUCAGAUGGAGCUAUUUUGAAAAUUGUCAACAAAUAUGCGUUUGAGAGCUUUUGUUAUUUAAUUGACUGCAACUUAAUUUACUUGAUAUUUAAGUUUCAUUGAUAUUUACUGUGAACGGAAUGAUUUAGAACUUCCCCGAAGAGCACAACACGGCAAAUAAAAUCACAGGUUGGUCGUACGACCGACGUUUACGUCAAAUAAAUACGGCACCGUAGCGGCACCACGAAAACUACCCUAACGCUGACCUCAAGACGGUACAAAAAUGUAAAUGCCGUGAAAAAACCUUGAAAAUUAUUUUGAACGGUUCACCGCAAAAUAGAAAUUUGCAGCGACUCAACGGCAACGUAGCGACUAAUCAUAAAAUGCACCAAAAACACAUUGUUUUAAGAAGUCUGAUCGCGAAUGUCGUCUUUUAUCUUUCAUUUAAGUUGUGGCACGUAAAGUAUUAAUUAAAGUGAUUUUUUCUGGAUAUUAUAACAUUUCAAACGUAAAUAACUCAGGGAAAGUACUUAACGUGAGUAUUUUUGCUUAAAUUCGCUUUAAAACAUUAAAUUUAUUGAGUACCACCAGAACGCCGUAGAUUUAUGAUUUACGGCAAAUUUUUCUAUAAAAAUUCAUUUUUUUUAUUUUACAGUCUGAGAUUGUUAACUAUUUCACAAAUUGCAACAACUUUACAACAUUCAGCUAACGAUAGUGCAGAUAAAUUUCAUUCCAUGGUUAGGACGUUUCAAGUAUAGAGCUGGAUCUAUAAAGUGUUGUCAUCUAAGUCAUAAAUUAUCACAAGAAUUCGGAAAACCGUGAGCGAGACUUUAUUCUAAGAUCAUUUUGUAAUGCAUAAUGAAGGAUAUCAUGUUGUGAGAAACAAUAUUAACGCUUAUUUUGUAGUUUGCUGCAAAUGGAUGGCAAAACUUAAAGAUGAUCCAAACAGUUUUACAUAUUAUCCACCAUCUAAUACACAUUAUCAAAGUCUAAAGAAACAAAUUGAAGCAGCUCCUGAUUGGGAUUUCGAACAAGUGAAAAUAAUGCUCGCUAAUGUUCAAAACUUGGCUGAAGCAAAUAGAUAUAUUAUAAUACAUACAAAGCACAUUGAUUCAGAGGCGUCUGAGAAUGAGCAAAGAAUGAAAUCGAAUAAGAGAAAGCAUCCAGUUGCUGGCAUCUUGAAUUUGGAUUUCAAUAAUAUGAUAACUGAAGAAUUCAAUUUAAGUCACAACAAAAAGUUGAAAACGCUUGCUCCAAUUCACGAAGAAGGUAGCAUGGAAAGCGACGACGAGGGAAACAGUGCCAUGAUCAAAGACUCUAAGACUCCAAAAGAAUCAGUAAGCUAUACUAAUUCAUUUAAUGAAGACAAAAGGAGCAAAAGUAAUAAUGUGGAAAUAGAACAACUUCAAGACGUUCAAAUUGAGCAGAUGGUAAAUUUACAAGAUUUUAUGGAGCUUAAGAAUGAUAUACGUCAGAUAAAGGAAAAUCAAGCUUUAAUGAUGGAAAGGCCGAAUUCCUUUUUUUUAUCUGUGAAAAGUGAUUUCCAGUUUUUGACCGAAAAAGUUGCACGCAUUGCUAGUGGAUCUGUGACUGUUGAAAAUUCACCUAGGCCGAAACCAAUCACAAAUAAAAAUGAACUAAUCAAAAUGGAAAGCAAUAUGAUUACAAUGACGGAAGAAUUUUUCAUUGAAUAUCAAAAGCUUGUGGCAUGGUUCGCUAUUAACAUUUCCAAGCCAAAUAAUGGUUUUGGAAAACAUAAUGGGCUUGUUGCUGUUCUGUUAAAAAUUUAUUUCGACGCUGAAUUUGUAAGAAAAAUUGGUUGGACCAGUAUUAAAGGCAGGAUUCCGUUUGAAGACUACAAAGGGCAUCAUAAAUUUGCACUUGAUGUUUGCAACAAAAAUACACCGGGGUUAUUCAGUAACGUAGAUGAGUCUGGAGAGGCAUGCCAUGAAUUUUUCAAGCGUUUGCACGAGACUAAGAGGCCUGGGAAGAAAGGUACAUCAGCAGUAAUGGAAGAAGUCGAAGUUAAUUCUUAA